CAGAACGCAGACAAACCAAUGACAGGGGAAGAGAAACCCCCACUGGUUAUCCACGCGCGUUGCCCACCCCGCAUGCUUUUUCAGAAAGCCAACAUUAUCCAUCUGUCACUUACAGACGCUCAGCACACGUCAUUUGGUUGAUAUAGGUGGGCUGACUCGAGAACAAGAGGACUAUCUGAAUAGCAACUUUACUGGAUCGAGUCCAUGCGUGGAUUUCAGCGCAUCGUGAAUGAGUGAAGAAUGUGAUGGUAACGGAGCAGUAUGGAGUGCUCGUGGAAGACACUACUGCUGCUCGUGUGCACAUCCUUGGGGGUGCAGUACACUGCCAUCCGCUCCCUCCAUGACUCCUUCAGUGGCCCAUGCCAAGACUCCGCCCACUGCCAAGGACGACAGGGUAAAGAGCAGAGAUGGAAAUCUCUCUGCGAUGACAUCCAUGUCCCUGCUGAGACUAGCACUGCCACCGCUCGAAAGCACAUCCUUCUGUUUGCACAAACCCGUAGUGGCUCCUCCUUUACCGGACAGCUUUUCAAUCAACAUCCUGGCAUAUUUUAUGUUUUUGAGCCUCUUUAUCAUGUGCAACAGGCCUUUACCAAUUCUAGUAGCCGCCUGCAAAGGGCUUUGGAUGGCAGAGCUCUUCUGGGGGCCUACCGAGACCUCCUCCUCAAUCUCUACAACUGUGACUUCAGCUUCCUGGAGAGCUACAUUCGCCCUGAACCACAGGAUCACAUGACUGGGACCUUUUUCCGCCGCAGCUCCAGCCAUGCCCUGUGCACGCCGCCUGUCUGUCAGGAGGGUGGGGAGGAGAUUCUAGCAGGGCAACCGGAUGAAUCCUGGUGCCCGAAAAAGUGCCAGGCGCUGAACCUCACUCUAGCCUCUCAGGCUUGCCAAGCACGAAGCCACGUGGUUAUAAAAACAGUUCGUAUCCCAGAGGUAGGAGACCUACGCACGCUGUCAGAAGACCCCCGUUUAGAUUUGAGAAUCGUCCAUUUGGUGAGAGAUCCCCGAGCCAUUCUUGCAUCUCGCAUGACUGCUUUUGCUGGCAAAUUCAGAGCCUGGAAGAUCUGGAACGCCACUGGCCGCCAACCGCGGUACGUGGACCUGACGCAGAUAACAAGUACGUGCAGAGAUAUCGAGUAUUCUGUGGAGACCGGCUUGCAGAACCCCACAUGGCUGAGAGGGAGGUAUCUAUUGGUGCGUUAUGAAGACUUGGCCUUGAAUCCUGAGGAAAAGGUCAAGGAGAUAUAUCGAUUUCUGGGGAUGGACUUGCAUCAUAAAGUUCUCACAUGGAUUGCUCAUAACACCAAUGGCACUGUCCCUUCUUCUUCCGAUUGGAACUAUAAGUACUCCACCACAAGAGACUCUAAAGCCACAGCUCAGAGUUGGAGAGUACAUCUGAACUUUGACAUUGUUAAGACAGUUCAAUCUUUGUGUAACAGAACUCUUGCUCUACUAGGCUAUAAGCUUGUCCAGUCUGUAGAUGAACUGAGGAAUAUAACAAAAAGUUUAAUGGACCCCAGGACGUAGUUAAGUUAACUUUUUUGUGAACUACUGCUUAAUUUUGAAGACACUUUUAUCCAAAGCGACUUAUAUUGCAUUCAAUACAUUGAAUCAAACAGGGCUAAUUAGUAUAUUUGGUUACAUAAUAUUGUGUUAAUUGCUUCAAUUUGUUAUGACAACUUGCAUACAAGCCAUGUAAAUCCAUGCAACAUUAUGUAUACUACUUUGGGGGAAAUUUAGCUCAUGAAUAAUAAUUAGGUUUAUGAUUAUGAUGCUUUGUAACUUUCCUUAAAGGUAUAAUUUGCCCAAAAAUGAAAA